UACCACGCUGUGCUGCCAGACUUCUUAAUUUAUUUUCGAUAAGACCGGCAGAAAAAAAAUUUUGCAAUAAAAAUAAACCAGAGCUCCCGGCGCGACUUGCACGCUAAAUUAAAAAGUCGCAACCGUUUGGAAACAUGUUCUGAAUUGGCCGUAAAUUACAUUGAAGGCAACAUCAGGCGUUGCUUACAUCAAACUCCCGCCGCCCCACUCGCCGGUCGCGUGUUUUUCCGUUUAGAUUAAAAUACUUCAAAUUUCAAGAGCAGCAAUCAUGAAGAAAAUGCAGACGCUGGUGAGGCGAUGGAUGGAGUACAAAUACCUGACCGCAGCGCAAAUCACUGGAUUCGACAACUACAAGUACAGUGCCAUCGACACCUCACCGCUGAGUCAGUAUGUUAUGCAUCCCUUCUGGGAUUGGCUAGUCAAGUUCUUCCCGCGAUGGUUUGCCCCCAACCUGAUGACAUUCCUGGGCUUCCUGUUUAGCGCCAUGAACCUGGUGCUUCUCUCGUACUAUGACUGGAACUUCGAGGCUAGUUCCGGCGAGGAGGGAACAACUCCAAUUCCCACCUGGGUCUGGAUGUGUACAGCGAUCAACAUUUUUGUGGCCUACACGCUGGACGGUAUCGAUGGCAAACAGGCUCGGCGCAUCGGACUUUCCGGCCCGCUGGGCGAGCUCUUCGACCACGGUUUGGACUCAUACACGGCCAUGCUGAUCCCGACGUGCCUGUACAGUAUUUUCGGUAGGAGUCGCGUCUACUCGGUGCGACCGAUGCGGAUGUACUACGUCUGCCUUACGGUUUACUUCAACUUCUUUGUGUCGCACUGGGAGAAGUACAACACCGGCAUCCUCUACCUGCCCUGGGGCUAUGAUUUGAGCAUGUGGGGUAGCACGGCCAUGUACCUUGUCACCUGGUGGAUGGGCUUCGAACGCUGGAAGUUUGAAAUACCGUUGGGCUCCUAUGGAACACUGCCGCUGGGAAAUGUCAUGGAGGCGGUUCUGCAUGUCAGCGCCAUGGCGAACCUUCCGUUGGUGGUCCUCAAUGUUUACAACUCGUAUGUUCAUCGUACUGGUCGUCUGCUGUCCUUCUGGGAAGCUAUCCGGCCGGCGUGGCCCUUCCUCACCUACUUUAUUAUCCUACUUGCGUGGCCGUUUUUAUCACGAAAUGACAUUAUGGAAACCGAUCCUCGUGCUAUCUUUAUGCUCAGUGGCACUAUUUUCUCCAAUGUCAGCUGCCGGCUGAUUGUGUCCCAAAUGUCCGUGACGAGAUGUGAUGCCUGGCACUGGCAAAUGCCCAUGUACGCUCUGUCACUAUUAGUCAGCCUCUGGAUACCGUUUUUGGAAAGGCCUCUGCUGUAUAUGCUCUUGAUAGUGACGACUCUCAGCCACUGGCAUUAUGGUGCCAGUGUGGUCAACCAGAUGUGUGAGCAUUUCAAUCGUGUCUGCUUCACAGUGCACAAGCGGGUGCCGGAGGAGGUGCAGCCGCCAAAGGCUCCAUUGGGGCAAGACCAAAGAAAUCUGCAGGAACAGGAGGUCGACCAAACUGCAAAGAAACAGGAUUAGGCAGAUGGCAAAAAGGACAUCGUCAGCUUUUUAAUGUGCAUGCUUUUAUCGGAGAUUGCGCUAUUCUCGUUUUAGCCGAGUGUUUUUUUCCACGCUCUUGUAUCAUCAUGGAGGCUGUUUAGUUAAAUGAUUCUUGUGAGAUUAUGUAUAAUUUGUAAUAGUUAGAAUAUACUUACGACAGUAAUUAUACUAGUUCUACACUAACGAUGGACUUUCCCCCGAUGACUAUUUACGAAAUGCUCUCUUCCAAUGAUAAUUCAUUAACUUGACUAUUGAUUGAAUAUUGAAUGUAAAAGCUAAAGACCCGUCGUAGAUCAAAUGAGUGUACAAGUCAUGACCAGUGAUAUUAUCUGUUUCAAAGAUAUCACAGUAGUAUUAAUGAAAGCCAAUAAUUGCGGCCAGAUAAGUUCCAGUCCAUAAACUCAAUUAUGCGAGUGCUUAAGCCAACACAAUAUAAAUCAGCUUAAAACACAGUUUAGCCUAGUAAUUUAAAUUUCUCUUCAAUGAUUAUACUACAGCGCAAAUCGUAAAAAGACAACGCUCGCUUCCUCUGACCUUAAAUGGCAAACAAUUUUUCAGUGUUAUAUAUAUUUGUCUAGACCUAAUCGAAUAAUUUGUACGUGCUAUGCUUAAUUUAUUUUUAUUGUAUUAUUUUCAUCUGUUCUACAAUAGUAAAUAUACAACACAGUCACUAAGCCACUUAAAAAUAAAAUAACCGCAAAAACCUCUAAUUAUUUAAAUACAUAAACGUAUUUUUGUAUUAUUUAAGCGAAACUCAAUGUCAUUCAACUGUAAUGUGACGUCGUCCAUAGCGCCCGCUUGUAUAGAUAUAUUCAUGUACCCCCACCUGCACUAGAACCCGAACUUUCCGGAUUCCCACCUGCCCCCUCCAUUACUUAAACGACAGUAUACAAAUAAAAUCAUGUUUUAAAAAUCA